CACGCGGAGAUGCAGCGCCUGGCGACGGAGAACCAGCGCCUGGCGGCGACGCACGGCGUGCUGCGGCAGGAGCUGGCGGCGGCGCAGCACGAGCUGCAGAUGCUGCACGCGCACGUGGCGGCGCUUAAGGGCGAGCGCGAGCAGCAGGUGCGCGGCACACUGGAGAAGAUCGCCAAGAUGGAGGCCGAGGCGCAGGGCGCGGAGGGCGUGAAGCUGGAGCUGCAGCAGGCGCGUGGGGAGGCGCAGAACCUCGUUGUGGCGAGGGAUGAGCUUGUUUCCAAAGCGCAGCACUUGACUCAGGAGCUUCAGAGGGUUCACGCCGACGUUGUUCAGAUCCCUGCGCUUAUCUCUGAGCUUGAAUGUCUCAGACAGGAGUAUCAGCAUUGCAGGGCCACUUUUGACUAUGAAAAAAAGUUAUACAAUGAUCACCUUGAGUCACUUCAGGUGAUGGAAAAGAAUUUUGUUUCUAUGAGUAGGGAAGUGGAAAAACUUCGAGCAGAGCUUACGAACACCGCUAAUGUGGAUCGGAGAAGUAGUGGGCCAUAUGGUGGCACCUCUGGAACUAAUGAGAAUGAGGCUUCUGGUCUUCCUGUGGGACAAAAUGCAUAUGAAGAUGGUUAUUCUGUUAUGCAGCAGGGACGUGGUCCCCUUCCUGCUGCUGGUGGUGGCAGUGGCAGUGGUGCUUCACUUCCUACUGCUGGAGCUCAGUCUGGUCCAGCUGCUGCAGGGACUGGUUAUGAUGCUCCCAGAGGGCCUGGUUACGGUGCAUCUGCAGGGCCUACUUAUGAUGCUCAGAGGGGUGUUACUUAUGAUACACAAAGGUUGACUGGUUACGAUUCAUUUAGAGGACCUGCUUAUGAUUCCAAGAGAGGGCCAAUUUUUGAUGCUCAAAGAACCGGCUAUGAUCCUCAGAGGGGCCAGGGUUAUGAUGUCCAAAGAGGACCUGUUUAUGAUGCAUCGAGGGCAGGUGGAUAUGAUGCACAGUCAAGAGGGGUAGCUGGUCCUCAUGGACAUGCUCCGCCAAUGAACGCUAUGCCUUAUGGAUCCACAACACCACCUGCUCGUAGUGGCGGUGGUGGUGGAUACGAAGCUGCCCGAGGCAUAAACCCUGGUAGGAGAUGAGUCUUGAGACUCCAUUCAUGGCACUAAAAUCCAAGUGUCGUUCUAAUCUGAAUGGUUGGAACCUCUGCCCAGCAAAGUUUGCCUCAUGAAUGUCUAGUUUUGUCCUAUCUUAAUGUAAUGUGCAUAGUGGACGAGAGGGGAAAGAAAGAAGUGUUCGGCGUGACGGGGAAAUUCAUUCUCAUAGUAUAAUUGCUGUAGAUGAAAUUGUUAAGAUUAUCAGCCUACCCCUACUUAUAAAUUAGAGUACUUCUGUCUGGGAUAGCGUAAUUUUCUUAUUUUUUAUUCUCUCCCUCAACCUCUUUUGAAAUGAUUUCAAAGCUGAUUUCUCUUUUUAGUUA